CGAUCUCAUCAAAGUCGAGGUAGCUGUCGCCAAUCGCGUGUUGUCCCCACGAUAUAUUAAGCGUCUGUAAAGAGGGACACGUACGCAGGAGAUCGCAGAUUCUCUGGGCGUCUGCGAGCGACGAUCUGAGGUAAACAUGUGCCAGAGAACUCACUCGACGAGAACGCUGCUGUUCAGAGGUCUGGUCAUCUUUCGCCUGGGUAUUGUUGAGGGUGACGCCGUGGCCGUAGAAUCUUCAAAAGGGGCAGAAAAAAUAAAUUCUGGAAUUUCUCCAAGGACACCUGAUGUCGGACCCGAGUCUUGUUGGUAUCGUGGUGCCAGACUGGUCCCCUGGGAUCCCGUGUGCGGGUCUUUCGCGUCCUCGACGGCUCCCACCGCCCCGAUGUCAGCUGCUCGUCGAAUCAUGGCAGGGAUGAAUUUGUCGUUGGCCGUGAUCAAGCAGUUGAACACCUUCAAGUUUGGCAUGAGACCGGCGCAAUGGGUAUGCCACAUUUCCGACCCGCCUUGUCGCCGCGAAGAAUGAGAUGGGCAUCUGACCUCCGCUUCGAAGCCUUCGAGGCUC